AUGGCUAACCGUGAGAUUUUGCUCAAAUCUUUAGAAUUCAUGCCUUUGACCAGAGAGGGAGAGAAGCAGGGUGUGGAGAUUUAUAAAUAGUAAGUUUUGACUUAUACCUUAUGUUGUUUACAAAAGCUGUUCUGAAUUAGAGCUUAAUAUUAUGCUCUCCAAAUAAUUUUGUUCGCCCUAACCCCAAAUAUUUGUUUUAAGAAGGGGCGCAAAAUUAUUUAAACAGCCUAACAAAUGUAAAUUUAAGACGAAAAAGUAAUAUCAAGAUGCUUUAUACCACUAAAUUACAGUUCCUUCAAUCAUCUCCCAGCCAUGAUGCCCUUCUACCACCUUGCCGAAGGAUUUACUGGAGAUUCAGCCAUCACCAGUGACCGUUUCCAAAAACUAGGCUACAAACUCUCCUUGGCCGUCCACCUCAUGGCCAAUAUUGCCGAUCAACCAGACACUUUGAAAGCUUAUGCUCGUGAACAAGUCCUACGUCACAUUUCCAGAAAAGUGUCCCCAAGAUUGUUCCGAUCGUUCUUCGACGUUCUCACUGAUUGGAUGGCUACCAAGACCGAGAUCACGGCGGAAAUGCGAAAAGAAUGGGCAAAUCUGGCCGAUAUCUAUUCCAAUGAAGCCGUAAGCUAUGCUGAUGAACUUGGAUUGGUUUUUGAGGAGAAUGGGCCACCAAAAGGUGCAUAA